AUGCCAGUUAUUGAAAAGAUACUGCAAGGAAUUGUCAGGUACAACAAUGUCACUAAACCUGCAGCUCUAAAACAGCUCAUAGAGGUCAACAAGAAUGUCCAGCCAAAAGCCAUUGUCAUAUCCUGCAUUGAUGCCCGUGUAUUGCCAGCAAAGUUCUUAGACAAUGAAAUUGGGGAUCAUUUUAUGGUGCGUAAUGUUGGGAACAUGAUUCCAGAUGCUGAUACAUUAAAUACAGAUACAGUCUCUACUGAAGCUGGAGCGCUAGAAUUCUGCUGUGUUCAAAAAAAUGUCAAACAUGUCAUUGUCUGUGGUCAUUCUGAUUGUAAAACAGUGAGUAUGUUAUAUGAAAAAUGUGUCGCUGAAGAAUUCUCAAAAUCUCCUACAACUUUUCUAGAAAUGUGGCUGAAACUUCAUGGUAGAAACACAUUAAAGGCAUUUAACCAGUUACAGGAACAUAAUAAUUUCAUGGGACCACUCAAAUUUGACAUUGAAAAUUAUAAAAGCUUUGAAGCUUAUAUUGACCCAGAAAAUAAAUUCAGUAUCGUAGAUAAAUUUUCUCAGGUGAAUUGUCUUCAACAAUUACAUCACAUAUCCACUUAUCCUUUCUUAAAGUUAAAACUAAUGACAGGGCAGUUGUUUUUACAUGCAUUCUGGUUUGAUGUACACUCUGCUGAUGUUUAUAUGUUUAGUCGCAGCAGGAAACAGUUUAUACCAGUAUCUGACGAUACCUAUGACCAUUUAUUAGAAGACUGUCAUAAACAGAAAUAA